AUGGCAUCGUCACGCCCAGCAGCCGUCCUGCUGCGCUCGUUGCGGGCGAGGCCUCUCGUCACGGCCUCCCGCGCGGCUACGACGUCACCUCUCCUCCGCGCCGGGCUGCAACCCCGGUUCAACUCGACCUUCUCCUCCGUCUCUCCCGACGAGGUUGAGCACUUCAACGCCCUCGCCGCCGACUGGUGGGACCCCCACGGCUCCUCGCGGCUGCUGCACCUGAUGAACCCGCUCCGACACACCUUCAUCCGCGACUGCCUCAACAGCCAGUUCGACGCGCCGUCGACGCCGACCCGGUUCCUCGACGUCGGCUGCGGCGGUGGCAUCUUCGCCGAGAGCGCCGCCCGGCUGCCCGACACCACCGCCGUCACGGCCAUCGACCCGACGCCCGGCGUGCUCGCCAUCGCCAAGGCGCACGCGAGGAGGGACCCCGCGCUGAGGGGUAGGCUGGAGUACAAGUCCGCCACGAUCGAGACGCUGCCCGUGCCGGCGCAGCUGUACGACGUCGUGUCCGUGUUCGAGGUCGUCGAGCACGUGUCGUCGCCCGAGGAGUUCCUGGACCGCUGCGCGCCGUUUGUGAAGCCCGGCGGGUGGCUCGUCGGCAGCACCAUCGCGCGGACGUGGAUGAGCUGGUUCACGACGAACCUCGUCGCCGAGGACAUACUGGGGAUCGUGCCCAAGGGCACCCACGACUGGCGCAAGUACAUCAACGACCACGAGCUGAAGGGCAUGUUCAUGGGCAAGGGCUGGGAGAUGCCGCGCGUCCUGGGCGUCGUCUACGUGCCCGGUCUGGGCUGGAAGGAGGUCAAGGGCAGCGAGAAGGUGGGCAACUACUUUUUCGGCGUCAGGAGGGUGGCGUGA